UUCCCCCCCUUCAUAGUCGUUGUUGUCUUUGGAAUCCAUGUCAGGCGUUGCAUGAUCAGUCUCCCCGGGCUGCUGUUGCCUCCCUGUGCACCUCGCUCCCUUGUUGAUUUCUCGGAACCAUGGUUCUGGUUUCCUUGCUCGCUCCACUCCGUGGUGGCAUCUGUUGAGAAGGAGGUCCAGAGAUGAACCGGUGAGAAGAUCAAGCAAGAUUCAACUAAAAGACAGACAGGAGAGGCACAAGCUUUUGAGAGGUUGCUCGAUCUCAUGGAUUGGCACCUCAAGAUACCUCCAUGGAACCCGGAAGAACUGGGCCGGGACGCCGAACUGAGCGUAGGCUCGGCGGCGGGCGGGUCGAACAGCGGUUGCUUCGGGUUGCCAGACAAGUCGAACGACCAAGCUGCUGCAUCGACGACGACGGCGGCGGCGUCUCCAUCUGGUCCAACGAAGAGGGCGCGAGCGCGAUCGCGAUCGCCGGCAAAUGGCGCGUCGUGCUCGGUCGAUGGGUGCACGGCAGAUCUUAGUAAGUGCAGGGAGUAUCACCGGCGUCAUAAGGUCUGCGAGGCGCACUCCAAGACGCCGGUGGUGGUGGUCCGCGGUCAGGAGCAGCGCUUCUGCCAGCAAUGCAGCAGGUUUCAUCUGCUACAAGAAUUCGAUGAGGUAAAGCGAAGCUGUAGGAGACGCCUUGAUGGGCAUAACAAGCGUCGAAGGAAGUCCCAACCAGAUUCUACAAACUCGGGAAGAUUGUUCUCAGAUCGCCAAGGAGGGGUUUCUACAUACCCUCUGGUAUAUCCAACAACUGCAGCAGAGUCAAACUGGGCUGGAGAUGUGACAAGAACUGAGAAGAGAACUCCUCCACAACUCAUCAGCCACCAUAACUUUUCCAUCUCUUACAGCUUUGGCGGAGAGAGAAAGCAGCUGCAUAUCAUUCAGGAUGGUGAAACUGGGAACAAAGCCACUCAAAGUCAGCUGAAUCUUUGUGCAGUCACUCCCUACGAUGGCAGGAGCAGCGGCAGCAGGAUGUUCGAUUGUGCUCUCUCUCUUCUGUCAUCUGCGACUUCGGAUGUCAACCUGAGUCAUAUGGUGCCACUAUCUGAUACGAUCUCCAUGGUUCAAUAUGGUGGUUUCAUGCAGCACACCCUCUCGCAGGCAGAGAGUGAUGUAGGAACACCAACUGGAUGCAGUAUGGGGAAGAAUGCUGAGAUUAACUGCCACAGCAAGUUUCAGGUUGAAGGUGAAGAUUGCUUGGAUGGCAACAGCCAAAGUCUUCCCUCCUAUUGGCCUUAGUGCUUAUUUCUUUUCUGACACGAAGAAUUUUCAGUGAUCCAUAGUUCUCUUGUUCUGUUUUCUUCGUGAUAAUGCAGAUGGAAAUGCACUAUCUUGAGAAAAAGCUUGAACAAAAUGUGUAUAGAACUUGUCAGAUAAAAUCUUUCAAACUCGUAGACUAUCUUAUCUGCACAUGCCUCUUAGUUUUCUGAUUUGAUUUCAUAUCUGAAAAACUACAUGCUGAAUGGAAAUAAUUGAUGCAUUUAAACUGCAACUAAGUUUUGUCUCAUAUAUGCAUUUUGAAUUGGACUGAAGAAGGCAACGUUGAUCUGUAAAAAGACAGAGUAAACUCUAUCUCAAUGCAUAAUUCUCUGCUUGAAUCAUUUAUCCAAUUCAAUAUUACUCUUUACGUGGGUAAGAAGAUAUAAGGUGACAAAAAAAAAACAAAAAAGAGGUAAGGUGAUGUCUUUCUCAAGUGGUACAAAAGAGGAGUCCGAUAAGUUUCCAUUCUUCUUUUCCAUGAUGAAGAUUGGGUUUGAUUCCACUCAACUUUGUACAAUCUCCAAAUGAGAUGAUAAAGUUGGAAGUGGUUGUAAGAUUUGGUCCACCAAGAAGAUAGAAGAAGAUUAAUUUGUUUGGCCACACUCGAACUCCUGAAUCAAGAUUGGACUUGAUAAUAAUAAUUGGGCUACCCCGUCAUAUAAUUGCCAUCUUAUUGGCAAGAAUUGGAAGGCAAUUACUUCAGUUGUGACUUGAUCAUCUCAGUUGAACUGUAUGACUUGAUUUGUUCCAGACUGAGGUCAGAGGGAUUUUUGGUGCUCAAAGCAUGGAGAUGCAGGAAUUAGAGAGAAGUUGGAUUUAAUCCAUGCUGCUGUGUUGAUAAUUUCUUCUGCUGUUUAAUGUCCUACUGCGAGCUACCUUUCACAGAUGCGUUGUUUUCUGUGAGCCCAAGUCUUACCCAUCAUCCUGGCUACAGCAGGAGUGCACAACUGCUUGAUCUGAUCUCUCAUUUCCUCUUCAACCAGGGUAAACCUUCAGCUCUGGACUAAAAGUGCACUUCUUCUCACUGCCAGCUUUUGAAAGCCUAGGCAAGGUUCUCUAAUUGCUUGAGAUCUACCAAGAUGGUGGAGAGAAUGAAGCAGCGGGUCUUGCAGCAGCAGUCCAUCUUCACAGGGUUUUCAAGCAUGAAUGAAUGAUACAAAAAAAAAAAAUACUAGAACGAAGAAAGCAAAGUGGUGUUCUGAUAUCAUAACACUAGGAUUUAGCUUGAUUAUUACGGUUGACCCUGAAAAUGGUAAGCUGAUAAGAAGUUAACCAACUUAGAUUUUGGAGCCUAACAUAAUUUCCACUGUGUUGCCAGGUAGGUGGUAUCUGCAUGUACAGAGAGCAUUUAGUUGAGAGUUCAGAAAUGAUGGCCAGGAAUUUUAAUUGCACCAACUCGUUCACAUGGGUUCUCUGCUACCUUCCAGUAGUCCCAUAUCAAUAGAAAUCGACCCCCAAUCCACACGCUCCUCUGCGGAGCCAUGAAUUUGACACUCAGACAUCACGGUCAAAAGAAUCCAGAACAGAGCUUGGACUCCGCUGCUGCUCAUAAAUGGGAAGUAAUUGAAGGGGGAUCACAUGGCAAAGGCCUGGUAACACACAGCUCUUUCAAAGCUCUAUCUGCUCUUCAUUUACUUCACUUAAUAAGUGUCUCUCUGUAUCCCUUGCUAUAAAUUGGGUUGUGGCUCAUCACCCUCCACUGCUUCCGUAAUAUAUCUGGUGUGAGGAAGAAGGGCCAUGGAGAGGUCUACUAAGGUGGUGCUGCUCCUCCAUGCUCUGCUCCUGGCCACCUAUGUGGUGUGCCUUGAAGGAGGAAGAAGCAUCCCAAGCAAGGCCAAGGCUUACAAACCUCAGAACUUCUUCGGUUACGGUGGCUUCUAUGGCAACCCCUUGGGUCCACAUUUCAGCUUUGGGACCCCUGGCUUAGGCACCAUUCCCAUCAUUGGUAGCAUUCCCGGGACACCUGCUGCUGCUGGUCUUAGAGGCCGUCAAGGCACAAGGCCAUGAUCAUGUGAUUCAAAAAAGGGUGCAUGUCUUGAAGCUUCUCGCUUCGUUUCGUGGUGUAGUACUAGGUAUCAUGUUUCAGGUUGUCUUCCUAGAGUUCUACUUGCGAGCUUGUUAAUCUCUAUCUAAUGUACUAAGUGUGAUAUAUUCUUUAGUACUAAUCCUUCGGUUCCCCACUCAUAAUACUCGGAUGUCUUAGCACUAACGUACUAGAGUUCUACUUGUGGUUGUCUUCCUAGAGUCCUAGUUGUGGGCUUGUUUAUCUCUAUCUAAUGUACUAAGUGUGAUGUAUUCUUUAUAGUACUAAUCCGUAUGGUUUCCUACUCAUAA